UAUGCCAUCUUUUGCAUACAUGUCGCAAAUUUGUCUCCAAUCCUGACAGUGUAACUCUUUUUGUAUAUGCUCGUCGACUGCCUCUGCUACGCUCCUGAAAUGCGAGGUCGUCUUAACGCACAUCCGCCGCUCCUGAACUUCAGGAAUCACCACUGAGUGUUGACUGCUGAACACCCUUUGGUCUAAAGAAUGUUGGACGCAAUUUAUCCCCGAGUUCAGCCCCACGGGCUUCCCAAACUGAAAUAUCCUGAAAACCCGACUCUACCGAGUCCCUGAAACACCGCAAAUGACAUACGGCGCAGCAUUGUUAUAGCAUGGGUCAUCGAGGAAAAUAAGUGAAAAGACGGUGCUUACCUGCUGCCAUUUUCUAGCUUAAUAUUCUAGACAGAAAGGCAGAGAAGCCUCAUACCAAGGCUUGCAUUGCUUAAGAAACAAAACGAAGAACGGCAAUGCCUCCAUCCAAAGCAGCACGUGAUAUGUUGCGGCGCUACAAAGAGUUUCAUGAAAAGUUCAGGAACCUCGCACAGAGGUCUUCAUUGUUUCGAAAAGCAGAGUAGGGUAGGACACACACAUCCAAAAAGGCACCUCAGGGACCGUGACACUCGACGAGAAGGUUCAAGAGGUGAUCGCCAUGGACGUCCUCGCCGAGUUUCUGCGCGGCCUACGGGAUCAGGAGGAAGGCCUGCCCUUCUCGCCCCUGGCGCUGGAUGAACUACCAGACAUCCAAGAACACGACCAGCGUCCAGACGUAGAGGUGGCGCCAGCCGGCGAGCCCGGUGGAGUGGAGGGACCCGCUCAGCAGGAGGUGGAGCCGGAGCGGGACCCGGUGCAGGCCCUUCGGGCCAACACCCGGCGGACCAUCAGCCGGGCUCGGGCCGGCCAGCCCCAGAAAAAGGGCCCGCCCCUGGCGCCGCGCAACCGAACGUACUGCAACGUCGGGCGCUGCACCGGGGAGGUGCAGUAUUAUGGCAUUCACCGGCACUUCGAGGACUGUCACAAGGACAUCCAGGACAUCGCGGGCGCUGCCCGGGCCCUGAGGCGGGCGCAGCAUCCCCGGCGGGCUCCCAGGCGGCCAGUGUACCGGUGCCCGGAGUGCGCGGCGGAGAUUCAGGACUUCCGCCGCCACUUCGCCAACCACUUCGCGAGGACGUCGGCUGAGUUCCUGCGGGCUGACGCCAACAAGGAGGUCGUCGCUCGGCCUGCUGCACUCUAAUCAGUACAAUCAGUAUCUCUACCUAAUCUUGUGUAAUUUUACAAUCAUGUGAUAUGCACUGUGAUAAAGAAUAAACGUUUUUUUAACAUUGUCUUUCUAAAGCACGCGUCAAACCGAGACAUUGAAAUAUGGGUACUACAUAGAACGUACACAAGGUGACACAAACAAAGGUAAAGCUAAUCG